UAAACAAAAAAAUUUUUAUUGCAAUUUAAUGGCUAAGGACCUGAUUAUUUAUGAACAUCUUUUUUGUGAACUAAAGGAUUGAUAUAGCUUAAUAGAAUAAUCUUCCAUGUUGUAGCACUGAAAAAAACAGAAAAUAAAUAAACGAUCCCAUAAAUAAAAAAAAAUCUAAUUCGAUGUGAUGUGAUUUAUCCAGGUUUACAAAACUAAAACUUGACAUUGAGGUAAAUUCUGAAGAAAUAAAGAAACACUUAUUUUAUUGUCAAUUUAUUGAAGAAAUAAUGCCAACAUACGAUUUAAAAGGGUUAAAUUGGUAUAAAAUGGUUUUAAUUUAUUGAUGAUGACUUAAUUACUUCGAGAAGUAAUAUAUUAUACUGCUAUCUGAGGUAUUUAAUAAAGACAAGCGAUUUACGAAGCUUUACAUCCAUUUAUAUUUUGUUCAUUGUGAAUCUGAUAUUUUUUGAUUUUCUUUGAAUGCUCAAUGCCAAUUGCAGUCGAUUAGAAAAAAUGAAAGAAUAUUGUAAAAUAAAUCCUUGAACUAAUCGUUUCAAAUAAGGCUACUCGAGUGUAAGAUGUGAGAAGCUUGAUAGAAUUAUUAGAUUCAAAAUAUUAAACUAAACCAUGUGCAUCAUAUUUAAAUAAGUUGAGCAUUAUUAGUAUAUUUUUUCAACUA